AUGAGCAGAGGAGGGAGCAGCGGGGGUGGCCGGAGCUCUCUCAGCUACCUCUUCGAGCCGGAGGAAACAACCAUUCUGUAUCGCACUCACACAGCGGCCAAAUCCAACCAGGAAAGCGAGAAGGCUCCAGAUAGCAACAGCAGCAGUGUCAAGGAUGACAUCAAGGCGAUCCGAGCCGAAGCAGUUCAAGAACCACCGCAUCCUCCUCCUCCCCAGAGAGAAGUCUCCAACCCGAUACUCUCGUCUCAAAAACCUCCUUGCAACAUCUACCAUACCAGCCAGUUAAGCUACAACAACUCCGGGCUUCUUAUCACUGACCGACCUUCGACGAGGGUACGCUGUGCACCAGGAGGGGCGUCCUCGCUUGGGUUUCUGUUCGGGGAGGAGCAUGAGAAAUGA